ACUGUAUAAAAUUGAAAACCAAUAGAGUCCACGGUUUAAUGAGCCUCUACCAAUCUAACCAGAGGUUUAAAACUCCGAGCCUAAAAAUAGAAGCCGAGCCAGACAGGAUUGGGAAUAUGGCCAGAAUUUCUGAUAUAUGCGUAUUCUCAAAAUGGUCCCAAACCAUGGAAUUUCUUCAUGUGUGAAUUACUCUUCUUUUGAGCUCAACAUUCUCCAAUUUGCUUGACAAUGGAUUAAAUUUGGCGGAAAUCAGUUAAAUUCGUCCAAGAUUGCCGAAAUUUUGUGAGGAUUCCUCAGAUGUCAUUUUAGCCAUUAUUUGUUAGAGCUGCAAACUAUACCACUUAAAGUUUGCAAUCAUGUCACAGAGUUGGGAGGCUGAUAAAAUGCUGGAUGUCUAUAUUCAUGAUUACCUCAUAAAGAGAAGCUUGCAUGCAUCUGCAAAGGCAUUUCAGACAGAAAGAAAAGUUUCCCCUGAACCUGUUGCUAUAGAUGCGCCUGCAGGGUUUCUCUUUGAGUGGUGGUCAGUGUUUUGGGAUAUAUUCAUUGCUCGAACAAAUGAGAAGCAUUCUGAAGUUGCUGCUUCAUACAUAGAUACACAAUUUUUAAAAGCGCGGGAGCAACAACAGCAACAGCAACAGCAACAACAGCAGCAGCAGCAACAGCAGGAACAGCAACAGCAGCAGCAGCAGCAACAACAGCAACAGCAGCAGCAGCAACAACACCAGCAGCAGCAGCAACAGCAGCAGCAACAGCAACAACAGCAGCAGCAUCAGCAACAUCAGCAACAUCAGCAACAACAGCAACAACAACAACACAUGCAAAUGCAAAUUCAAUUGAUGAGGCAGCAACAACGUAGAGAUGGAGGGCAUCUUUUAAGUGGGGCUUCCAAUGGUUUGGUUGCUACUGAUUCUCUGAUCCGUCAGAAUCAAGGGAGUGCAAUGGCAAAGUUAUAUGAGGACCGUCUAAAGCUCCCACACCAAAGAGAUCCCAUGGACGAUGCCUCCAUGAAGAGAUUUGGAGAUAAUUCAAGCCAGCUAUUAGAUGCAAAUCAUACGGCAAUUCUAAAGUCAGCACCUGGACAUCUGCAGAAUUCAGGACAGGUUUUGCACAAUACUGCAGGCAACAUGUCAACUACUUUGCAGCAGGUGCAGGCAUUGAACCAGCAACUUCCCGGGGCUACGCAGGAUAACAAGAAUGAGAUAAAUGCAGUUUUGAAUCAAAGACCAAAUGUAGCAGAUCCCUCAUUAUUUGGAGGGGCUGGGCUUUUAAAAUCAAGUUUGUUGAAUCCAGGUGCCAACCAAGUGCCAAAUCCUUUACCUCUAAAUGGCUUGCCGGUGGGUCAGGGUGGUAUAGACCAGAUUCGAUCGGGUCUUCUACAAUCCCAUAAAUCAUUUGUUCAUUCACCUCGGUACCAACAAUUUCAGAUGCUUAGUCCACAGCAACAACAGAUUGUGCUUGCGCAAGGGAAUUUAUCAUCACCGUCAGGUGCUGGUGUUAUGAAUGAAAUGGAUAGUAGGAAUCUUCGGAUGAUGUUUAGUGGUAGAAAUGCUCCCAUAAGCAAGGAUGGUCACUCCAAUGCAGUGAGUGACAUGGCUCAUAAUACUGGUUCUCCAAUGCAAGUUGCAUCUCCUCUUUCACGAAGCACUGGAUCUGAUCCAGAUUUUGUGUUUAAGAUGAAAUUGGCUUUUCAGCAUCAGCGACAACAACAACAGCAGCAGCAGCAACUUACCCAGCAUGCACAGUCAACACAGCAGUCUCAAGUGGUUCAUCCUCAUCAGCAGCAGGAUAAAAAUGGGGCUGCUCUUACAGUUGAUAGUAGCCUGUCAAAUUCUUUCCGUGGAAAUGAUCAGGUAUACAGUGUGAUGGAGCCAAGUCCUAGCACCAACAGUACUGGUACAGGGAAGGCUUCUUCCAAAGGUCAAGCUGGUAGAAAAAGAAAGCAGCCUGGUUCCUCUUCUGGUCCUGCAAUUAGUUCUGGAACAGUGAAUAAUACUGGACCUUCUCCAAGUUCUCCACCCUCAACACCAUCAAGUCAUACCCCUGGCGAUGUCAUGUCCAUGGCUGGUGCAUUGCAGCACAGUGGUGGUUCAUCAAAACCUUUAAUUUUGUAUGGGUCAGAUGGGACACUUGCUUCCCCUUCAAAUCAGUUGGCGGAUAUAGAUCGCUUUGGGGAGGAUGGAUCUUUGGAUGACAAUGUGGAGUCAUUCUUGUCUCAUGAUGAUACAGCUGGACGAUCCGCAGAUGGUAAAGUGUUUUCUUUUGAGGAAGUUGGGACGAUAAAGGCUAGUACAAGCAAAGUUAUAUGCUGCCAUUUUUCCUCAGAUGGUAAAUUACUAGCAAGUGCUGGACAUGAGAAGAAGGCCGUGUUGUGGAAUAUGGAUACACUAAAACUGGAAAGUAGUCUUGAAGAGCAUAACCUUUUGAUUACCGAUGUUCGCUUCAGUCCAAACUCAGCUCGCUUGGCUACUUCUUCUUUUGAUAAAACAGUCAGAGUUUGGGAUGCAGACAAUCCAAGCUAUUCCUUGAGAACAUUUACUGGUCAUUCAACAUCUGUGAUGUCUCUUGAUUUUCAUCCAAAAAAUGAAGACCUCCUCUGCUCUUGUGACGGAGAUAGUGAGAUACGUUAUUGGAAUGUUAAACAGGGUAUUUGUGCCAGAACAUUCAAGGGUGGUACGAGCCAAGUGCGAUUUCAAACACGAAUUGGUAAACUGCUUGCUGCUGCUGCUGAGAAUGUUGUCUCAAUAUUUGAUGUUGAAACUGAAAAUUGUUUACAUUCUUUACAGAGACAUACAAAGCCUGUGCACUCUGUUUGCUGGGAUUCGACUGGAAAUUACUUGGCAUCUGUUAGUGAGGACUCAGUGAGGGUAUGGUCUCUUGGUGGUGGAAAUACAGGUGAUUGCAUAUAUGAGCUAAGCUCCAAUGGAAAUAAGUUCCAUUCAUGUGUUUUUCAUCCAGCAUAUCCAUCAGUCUUGGUUAUUGGAUGCUAUCAGUCUCUGGAAAUAUGGGAUAUGUAUGAGAAUAGAAGUAUGACCCUUAAGGCACAUGAUGGUCUCAUUGCUUCCUUAGCAGCCUCAAAUGCAAGUGGCAUGGUGGCUUCUGCAAGUCAUGAUAAGUUUGUAAGAUUGUGGAAAUCAUAAUUUGAGAUGUAGUAAAGAAAAUCUCAGGAUAUGUUUGUUACUGUUUGAUUGGGAUUUUGGCGAAGCCUUGAGUAGCUUUUGUAUUUGAAUUAUUUUUUUGUCAAGUUAAUUAUUAGAAAUGCUUUGUUUAUAGAGUAA